AUGUGCAGUUCAUCUCAAAAUCAACAAUGCGCUCUAAAGGAGAUUGGUAAUAACUCAACUGCCGAGAAGAUAAGGAAGAGUAGCUUUACUCAACAUAGCUCACUCUUCCACAUAGACGAGGACUCUACAACGAAAUUACACCAGCUUAUAAAUUUUUCUUUGAUAUCUAAGUCUUUGAAUCUUAGUCCUAUACACUGGAAAUCUGUUCCUCAACUUUAUGGUAUUAAGAACAAACACAAUUCCGCUAUUUGUGGUGUUGUAAUAAAAAGGAAGAGGAAUAAGAAAACUCGAGCUACUGUUUCUGAACGUACACCAUUGGAUAAAUGUAAAGAGAGAAAGAAACCUAUCAAGUCGGAUGAAGCCAUCGUACCGCCCAAGUUAAUUGAGACGCAUCCUAACACCUCUAAACAGUCUACUGCAGUCAAGAAUAUCGAAUCGAAAAAUCCAAACCGUCAGUUACCGACCGUAGUUGAAGGUAAUGUGUCUGAGGAACUGACAUUCUCUUCAGUUGGGAAACGCCAACGACGUCUAACGGCCAGAGCCGCUGAAGCGAUAGCACAAGCGAAUCUGCGGAAGUCUCGUAAAUCUUUAUCAGGAAGUUUAUGCAGUAAAACCAAAGUCCUUUCGGAUGAUGAUAAACCAGGACCAGAGAACGAAAACAAAAUUGUGGAUGGGUUAAAGGCUACUACUGAGGAGACAGCGACUACCAUCAUCACUCCUAAUAAACGAUUUAGUCCUCCUGCCAUAAGUCCAUGCGCUAAGGCUACAUUAUCUCCUAAAAAUGGAAAAGUCGACCUCGGAACAGGAGAUGACGAAUCAUUGACUGUGAUCAGCGAAAAUGUAUCCCCUCGUAUACCUACAGUGAUAGGGGAGUGUAAUUUCGAACCAGAAAGCUCAUGUAAUGAAACCCUAAUUGUAGCUGAUUCAUUGCCGCAAAUAGAAAAAGUUGUGUCACCAAACAUUGUACAAAAUGAGAGUUUUAGUGAAAUCACAACAACUGAAGCUUCUACAGAGGAUCAACUUCACGUUUUGGUGACGAGUCCAACUUGCAGCAACAAACCUUUACCUGAUGUCCACGAAUCGGAAAGCCGAAAUGAGUGUUUAGGUGUUCUUGAUGACUUGAUUAAGGAAACUCUGACAGUUCUGGAAAGUAAUCCAGUUAAGCAGCAGGAGAUAUAUGAGGUCAACGAUCCAUACAUUCAGUCCUUUCCUGAUACCGUAGUGACACAAGAAAAUAGAAAUCUAACUAUGUCGAAUGAAGCAAUCAACAAAACAACACCUGAAGCCGAAAUACCAGUUCAAAAUGAUCUUACUACUAAUAUUCAGCUAAAGUUACCUGAAGAAAAAGAUGCAGGGGUUUUAGUUGAAACGAACGAAAACUCUGAAGUUAAAGAAACAAGCAUACUGAUGAAGCCUCAGAUAUUAAUAAUCAAGAGCAAACUGAAAUAA